UGGGGCGGGGUGCGCGCCGCCGACCGGCCCGCCCCCGCCUGCCCCCAGCGGCCGCCCGAAGUGGCCAACGAGACGGCGGCGCUACGCGCCAUGCCGCGCGGCCGCCUGCAGCACCUCAGGAGGCUGCUGCCGCUGCUCUCAGACCAGAGCGAGGACUGCCUCUACCUCAACAUCUACGCGCCCGUGCAAGCCGGCAGCAGGGAGGCGGCCGUGCCCAAGUACCCGGUGCUGGUGUUCAUACACGGCGAGUCCUACGAGUGGAACUCGGGCAACCCCUACGACGGAUCCGUCCUUGCCAGCUACGGCUCGCUCGUCGUCAUCACCGUCAACUACCGCCUGGGCGUGCUGGGGUUCCUGAACGCCAACUCGGAGCCGCGGCAACGCGCGCCGGCCAACUACGGCCUCAUGGACCAGGUGGCGGCGCUGCACUGGGUGCAGGAGAACAUCGCUGCGUUCGGCGGCGACCCGUCCAACGUGACGGUGCUGGGCCACGGCACUGGGGCCGCCUGCCUGCACUUCCUCAUGGCGUCCAGCGCCGUGCCCGACGGCCUGCUGUUCCACCGCGCGGUGCUGAUGAGCGGCUCGGCGCUCAGCCCCUGGUCGCUGGUGCGCAGCCCGGCGCGCUACGCGGCGCAGGUGGCUCGCCACGCCGGCUGCCCGGCGCAGCUGCAGCACGCGCAGCUGCUGCGCUGCCUGCGGGAGCGGCCCUUGCAGCUGCUGGUGGGGGCGCCCGUGCGCGCGCCGCGCUACUCGCCCGCCUUCGGCCCCAGCGUCGACGGCGUCGUGGUGGACAGCGGCGAGCCUCCAGGGGCCGGCGUGCAGCCGCCCGCCAGGGCGGAGGCGUCGGGGCCACAACAGACGACGGGCAGCGCCCUGCUGGACAGCGUGCUGCUCCGCAAGUCGGCCGUGGCGCGGCUGAACCGCUACCACCUGCUGCUGGGCGUGGCUCGCGCCGAGGCCUACUCAGCCUUCAGCGCCGACGACGUGCAGUACGGCCUGGAGCCGGAGCGCCGCGCCAAGGUGCUGCGCGCCUACGUGCAGCAGGCCUACCGCUACCACCAGGCGGAGAUCCUGGCGACGGUGGUGAACGAGUACACGGACUGGGAGCGGCCCGUGCAGCACCCGGUGGCGGUGCGCGACGAGACCAUGGAGGCGCUGGGUGACGCCCAGGUGGUGGCGCCCGUCGUGCGCACCGCCGACCUUCACGCCGCCGCCCCCCGCCGCCGCCCCUACCUCUACGUCUUCGAGUACCAGACCAAGUACGGCGACUACCCGCAGAGGCAGGGCUGCGUGCACGGCGAGGAGCUGGCCUACCUGUUCGGCGCGCCGCUGGUGGGCGGGUUCGCGCACUUCCCGCGCAACUACACCAAGGCCGAGCUGCUGCUGGCGGAGACCGUCAUGACCUACUGGAGCAGCUUCGCCUGGAGCGGGAACCCGAACGAGCCGCAAGACCCCGAACCACACGGCGCGCACCGCGUCAAGGCACGCCUCAAGACCGUGGAGUGGCCCGCCUACGAGCCCGUGCACAAGAAGUACCUCAGCCUGGACCUGAAGCCGCGGGUUAAGUCGCACUACCGCGCGCACCGCCUGUCCUUCUGGCUGAGCCUGGUGCCAGAGCUGCACCGGCCCGGGGGCGGCGAGGUGCCGCCCUCGCACCACCUGCUGGACCUGCGCGACCGCCCCAGCCCCAGCCCGCCGCCGCCCGCCCCCGCGGAGCCUUCCCCCGCCGCCGCCGCCAGCACCGCUCCCUCGCCCGCCGCCGCCGCCGGUACCACCGCGCCGCCCCCCGCCGCCGCGCGCCGGCCCGAAGACGGCUUCGCCGCCUACUCCACGGCGCUCAGCCUCACCGUCGCCAUCGGCUGCUCGCUGCUCGUGCUCAACGUGCUGGUGUUCGCCGGCGUGUACUACCGCCGCGACAAGCCCGGCCGCCCCCAGGGCGGCGCCGGGGACGGCUCGGCCAGCCCGCCGCCGCCCGCCGCCGCCGCCGCCGACAAGAACGGCCGCCUGCCCAACAGCUACCCGGCGGCGCAGCGCCACCUCUACCCGCUCGCCGAGUACCCGCCCCCGCGGCCCGUGCCGCCCCCGGCACCGCCCCCGCCACCGCUCGAGUCGCCGGCGGCGGACGGCACCGCGAGGACCGGGCUGUAGGCGCUCCUGAAGCCGCACUCCUCCAAGGACUGAUGACUUGUAACCUGGCUGCCCUGUUCUUAUGCGUCCAGAUCCAUGCCGAGCAAACAAUUAAAAUAAUUUACAAGUGAAUAUUUAUCUCAAAAUUUAAGUAACAAUGAAAAAAAUACAUUCUUCAAUGGGGAUUAGGCCUCUCCAUUUUUUUGGAAUUUCAAAUAUUUUGGAUACCUCUAUGCAACAAAGCUUCCGUGCUCGUUUUUUUUUAAAUUAUUAUUUGGCAUGACAUAGUACUUGUAUGUGGCUACUUGAAGUUAUAACUCUUGUGAGCUGAUUCGAUUGUCGUCACAGUGAAGUAAUUUUAUUUCCCUCGCUGCGAUUAAAGACCAGAGCUAAAACAGUAAAUAUGAUUUAUGUCUUGU